CUGAUGUGCUGACGUCAUGGGUAGCUGCUGCAGCUGCCGAGACGGACUCCCAGAUAAUCAUCCCACUAAGUUCAAGGUAUAUGAGUAUGCAUGUACUGUUACACCAGCCAUGUUUAUUUUGUAAGAUUUGCAUUUAGUUCAUGGCAGAAAUAUCGAUAUGUGGUUUUUUAUUUGUUGGGUUUUUUUUCACCCUUAAUGCGUAGCUCUGGAUACUAGUCCAUUUGAAACCCACUCAUAAUUUGCUCACGCCUAGAUAAUUGUAUUCUGCUAAUUUUUCUGUGUCCAAUUCCUAGCUUGUAUUGACAUCAGAACAGCUAAUUUGUUUUGGAGACCAGCUGGGCAAAAGACUAACAAGGUUGAGGGAAAACACCAUUCUAAAUGUUAUAUCUAUAUCUAAGUUGAUUGGAAAAUAGAACACUCAGUGAUUAAAGUUCUGAAACUAUAGAACUCCUUUAGCACAAUUUAUAUCAACCAAGCAUAAUGCAGAUAAAAUAAUCUUCAUUAUUUAUUAAAAUUCAACAAAAAAUAUCACAAUUGCACUUAAAUCUAUAUUUCAGUAAAAAAAAAAAUCUUUAUCCACUGAGUGUUCUAUUAUAUCAUGGUGGGGACCUUACCAGGCUGAUGGUAAGACACAGGUAAUUUCUAAGUAAAGCAUUGAACUUUAUAGCUAUCUCCUAGAAAUGAGUGCUUGAAAUGGUGCUUGAUAUUGAUAACUUCUCUUCUCUGUUUGCAAAGAAGAUAACUUUUGUUGGAUUUGUGAACUAAUGAAACCCCCUAUAACAAGUUAAUUUUAAGAGCCUGUGUUGUGUGUUAUUCUCUGCAGGUCACCAACGUUGAUGAUGAGGGAACAGAACUGGGUUCAGGAAUCAUGGAAUUAACACAGACUGAGCUUGUCCUACACACCCGGAAGCGUGAUGCUGUGAGAUGGCCAUACCUCUGCCUGCGCCGUUAUGGCUAUGAUUCUAAUCUCUUCUCCUUUGAAAGUGGUCGGCGAUGCCAGACUGGUCAGGGUAUGGUUGCUUCUUUAUGGAUAUGGCCGCUAAAACAUCGCUUUCAUUACAUUUUGCUGGCCCAGUGAAGUUGCCAAACUAAUGAAAGGUUCAAACUGAGAAAGACCUUUUAGAUGAGCGUCUAUUUUGAACAAUGACCCAAUCCAGUGUUCCUCAUUGGAAAACAUUAAAUCAAUGCUUGCUAUGGUAGCUUCCUCAUCAUGUGACCUAGUUUUAUUUAGUCAGUAUGACAGCCACUAGAGGUGGAUUUAUGCCUGCAAUGCAAACAUUCCAGUUUCUAUAAAAAACAAACUGACAUUUUUACAUUGCAGGUUUAAAACUAAAGGACCACUGCGCUCAGAGCACUUCAUUUAGGUGAAGUGUUCUCUUUGAAUAUAGGUAUCCUUUAAUCACACACGCAUAGUGUUAUAAUAUGAGAUUAUUUUUUUUGUAGAAUAAUCAGCAAUUAUAGUACAGGGGUAGCAGGAGUCACCUAACAAUUUAUUGUAUAUCACUGACCACAUUUUAAUGUUCUUCCUCUGCAGGAAUAUUUGCAUUUAAAUGCUCAAGAGCAGAAGAAAUCUUCAACUUGCUGCAGGAGCUGAUGCAACGGAACAGUAUAAGCGUAGUGGAAGAGCCAGUUAUAAUCACCAGGUCUGGUCACCCAGGAGAGAUGGAUCUACAGCGUACCCAACAGGCUCCUGGAGGUGAGGAGACUUAAAAAGGGUGGAAUCUCGUAAAAACCCUGUGUGAGUGAGAAGUGAAGUCAGUGUUACCAUUGGAAACCUAAGCUAUUAGUAAUUCAGAGGUAGUUGUCCAAGAAUAGUGGCAACAACCAUUUUUUUAAAUCUGUAAUGGGUAGCUACAUUUUAAUCUUAUCAAAACUGGAAGAUAUUCUUCUGUGUUUUUAACACAAUGCUGUAGCUUUUCCCUAAUGCAUUAAACAAAAUUCAUUAUUUUUUUCCUCCAAUUCCAGUGAUUAAUAAGAUCCAGCAUUUAGCAUGAGAUGCAUGGCGUUUUUAUCCCUUGUAUGAGCUUGCAGGCUGUCCAUGUUGCCAACAGCCACUCAAUGCUAUCUACAGAGUAAGACUUUUCUUAGGACAUGGGAUUAUGAAGGUUUCUUUAGCAGCCUCUUCAUCCCUCAAGUGGUGUUAAACUGCAGUCAGAAUAAAAUAUUGUGUAUCUUGUCUAUUGUACUGUUCUCAUAAAUUUUAAUAAUUUAUUUUAUUAAAGAAGCAGAUAUUAAAAUACAAAUUUAAAGCAUAACUCACUUGUAUUGUGGAACAUGAAACUGUCACGCCCAGAGACAUUAAUUUCGCUUUAGGAAAUGAGAGCAGCUUUCUGUCUGUAUGAUAUGUGCCGUUAAAGGGUUACUAUCCAUAAGGUCCUCCCACUCCAAUUGCAGUAAAACUUAUUUGAAAAAAAAAAAAGGGAUUUUAAUAGUAUUAAGGGACAAUAUAAAAAUAUAUAUAUAAUCCAUUUCACCUGUAUCCUGCUGAGAGCAUGAGUCAUGCUUCAGUGGGUGUUAAAACUGCUGUAAUACACACCUUUUCUGCACAUCCCAGUUUGGGAACCACAUAUUUGCACCUCAUAACAGGUUAAAAGUCGCCAUGUUGGUUUUGCGUAAAUAAAAUGUAUCCAUUCUUAGAAAGCCUGUCCAAAGCUGCCCUAACAACUCAUUCUGGCUGUUUUUCUCCUCCCUUCAUGCUGCUAGUGAACUUACUCCCCCUUGCAGGCAUUGCUUUCCCUUAACACUAUUUUUCUCGAUUUGGUUGGGGAUCUCCUAGUACGUUUAGGCUUUCAUACCUACUUUGAUCUAUUGCUUUCCCAAUCGCACUAUAGUGUUAGGCUUAAGCAGGAGAGAUGCUUAGAGGAUGGACUGCCUGAUAAAAUUAGUGCAGAGCACAGUCUACUUAUUUCUGCGCAAGCAGGAAGUGCUUCUAGUGGCGGUCUGAUUGACAGCCAUUAGAGGCAGUCUUAACCCUACAAUGUAAUUAUUGAAGUAAACAUUGCAGGGUUAAGGUACAAGGUCUUUGUACUUAGACCGCUUCAAUAAGCUGAAGUGCUCUGGGUGCCUUUAAUGUCUCUUUAAAGGUGACAGUUGAAACCUCUGAGAAUAAGUGAGUUUAUUAGUUUUGUAUGAUGGCAGUUGUAAUCCAAGCAGCUUGAAGCUUUGCUUUCCCUAUAUUAAAAACUUUGAACAUAAGCAACAGUCCCAUGCAAAAACAGCAUCAUGAUGACCAUGUCCUUUAAUUACUUUCUAAACCUUGAAGUUGCUGGUAAAAUGCAGUGUUCCCAAUAAUGGCAUUGUUUAUUUAAAAGAACAUUCCAGGAUUACAAAUAAAAGCAUGUAUUUGAAACUGCCAUAAAAGCAACUCUGUCGCCCCUCAGGGUUCAUAUUCGGCACUCGCCACACUACACCUGCAUCACUUCUCAUAGGGAAUCAUUGAAUCCAAUAAAGUGAGGAGGGUACUUUUAAUCCCUAAAGCAGUUCAGAAAAGCGGAAUGUUCUGAAUUUGAAAUAAUACUUUCUUGCUUUCAAUAGUUUUGCAUGACUAUGACAUUAUAUAGUGUUCUUUAAUUCACUACGACAUAAAAUCAUAAAUAUCCAUGAUUUUAUGUUGUAGUGAAUGGCUAAAUGUGCAAAAUGAUUGCUUACUCGAUAAAAUAAUAACCUCUUUCACAACAUUUGUUGCUAAUUGUAUUAUCAGUCUGCUAUUGGCACGAUAAAGAUUUAAAUAUGACCAUUUCAAGCUAGCAACAUAUGUAUGCAAUAGUGCCAGGCAUUUCAAAAGCUGCUAGUGUUACUUACACAGCCAACAAUGCCAGAUAUCUGAGUGCAGCCUUUUAUUCCCCUAACUACGCUAAUGAGAAGCAGCUUGCAGUUUCUACAUGGUGCAUCCAUUAAGCACAAAUAAUACAAACUGUUAAUAAAGUUGGCUUCCUGGUAAUCUUUUCUCAUGAUCUGUUUCUCGAUGCUUAGAAUAGAUGGAUUCAUACCAAAUCUAAAAUCACAUGCCGCAUUAGUUCUUUCGUUACUAAAUUGCCUUUCUUUUGAACUUCUGUCAACUUAUGUCAUGUACUACUCCAUGUAAAGCAAUACAUUUCUCUUCUAUGAUAUCAUUUAUCCCCUUAAGGACCAAAUAUCUGGAAUAAAAGGGAAUCAUGACAUGUCACAUAUGUCGUGUCCAUAAGGUGUUAAAACUGAGCAUUUAUAUUUGAGCAAGAAUGAGCUUCUGUGUGGAGGCUCUGGUACAGUUCAUUAUUGCGAAAAAAGCAUGGUACAGGUAUCUUGCAAAAUGCUACAUUUCCUCUGGCACAUCAGAAUAAUUGAUAUAUGUUGUUGCCCUACUAUCAGCAAUUGUUGUUAACCUUCCCCCCCCCCCGUUUUGAAAGUUUGUUUUUAUUGCUAUUUACAUAUGAUAUGGUGUUUGGUAUUUUGUAUAAUUUUUGCUAUUUAUGUUCUAUAAGCAUUCCGGUUUGAAUAGCAUUUUUACAUUUAAAUUAGUCCGUUCUCUAUUUUCACCAUAUGUAAAUAAACUCCCUUUCAUGUAUUAAAUGCAUCUAACAACGUCUAUGUUGUAAUCUUAGGGCUUUGUAUUUUUGUGUUAGAGACAAUCAGAGAGGGAAAAAAGGUAUUUAAAAAAAAAAUAAAAAUAAAAAAAAAUUUUUUAUGAUACUGUGACUAAGAUUUAAUACGGUCAUACAUCAGUUGGCGCAAAAUGUUAUAACGUUACCAUAACCUAUUGACAGUCUUUUAGACAUACUGUGCUAUUAGUUGGAUAACAAAUUGUGAAACAAAAUAAUUAUUUCAGAUUUCUUUAUAAUUGUUUUUUCCUUUUUGUCUCCCAUUUCCUCUUUGUAGCUCUGGGAUACACAGGAUUUCCCAAUGGGUUUCACAACUUUCCGCGGGAGGGUCCGUCAUUCCCUUCCUCCCGUCAUCCCACAAUGGGAAAUCUGAGGCACCCUUCUGUUGGCGAGGAGUCCACACUUGGCCUUAUGACCCCAGAGGAUCAGGUAUGCUGCAGCUAGUAAUAACCAUGCCAUUUUAUGUUUUUACAUGCAACAGUUAAAGGACCACUAUAGUGCCAGGAAAACAAACUUGUUUUCCUGGCACUAUAGGGUCUUUGGGUUCCCCUCACCCUCAGGGUCCCUCUCCCGCCCGGCUCAAAGGGCCUAAAGGGGUUAAAUUCGUACCUUUCUCCAGCGCUGGGGACUCUCCUCCCUCUUCCGACGUCAGCACCAAAUACCCCUGCGUGGCAAGAGCCGCGCGCGCAUUCAAUCAGUCCAUAGGAAAAUCACAGUGAGAAGCGCCUCUAGCAGCUGUCAAUGAGACAGCCACUAGAGGCUGGAUUAACACUAAUGUAAACAUAGCAGUUUCUCUGAAACUAUCUUUACAGCUGCAGGGUUAACCCUAGAUGGACCUGGCACACAGACCACUUCAUUGAGCUGAAGUGGUCUGGGUGCCUAUAGUGGUCCUUUAAAGGCUAACAUUGAUUGUGGAUAGCAAAGGCUGUUUAGAUAAUUUUGAGAUUGUGACUGUCUGUAAAGUCUUUCUACUUUUAAAGGGUAUCUGUCAGGACAAACACAACUUGAUCUUAAAUGAUAGAGCAUCAAAUUUCAGCUAUACACCGUGCUAGCAAUAAUUACUGGCAAAUGUUUAGAUUUAUAUAAAAUCAGAGGUUAAAAAAACAGCCCUUUCCACCUUAUCUCAUUCAGUUCAAUCUGUGUCUAUCAGCACAUGAGUAGAGAUGACUAGGCUGUGCUCUGCACUUAUUUAAUCAUGCAGUCUAUCCUCUGGGAUUCUCUCUUGCUUGAAUUCAGCCUAAAGGAAAGCAAUGCCUGCAAGGGGAAGUAAAUUUACCAGCAGCAUGGAGAGAGGAGAGAAACAGCCAGAAUAAGUUAUUGAAGCGGCUUUGGACAGGGAAUCUGAGAAUGGAGAGAGAGAACAGAUAUAUGCUAUUUACACAAAGCCAACAUAAAAUGUUGGUGACUUUUAACCUGUUAUGAGACACAAGUAUGUGCUUCCAAAAAAGUGAUAUGUAACACCCACUGAAACAUCGUUGAUGCUCUCAGCAGGAUACAGGGGUAAUGGUAAUAUAUUAAAAUAUGGGCUUUUAAUAGUAUUAAGGGACAAUGCACAAAAUAAAUGAAGUGCUGCACAAUAACAAUGUCUACAUUUGAAAUCUGUGGUUGGGGGUCCGCCAACUAUCAGGAACUCCUUACAGACCUCACAAUUUAGGGUGAAAACAAAAAAUGUUUGUUCUGGAUCAAAAGGACAAAAAUUAAAUAAGUUUUUCGUCCGGAAUACAUUCAAGAUUAAGGCCUCAUAGAUGAAACGUUAAAUUUUAUUUUUGUCCUUUUGAUCCAGAAUAAAAAAAUAGUUUUCACUAUACAUUGUGACGCGUGAGCAUUAAGAGACAAACCACAUAAUUGUGUAACAUGAGCCAGCCAGGUGGUUAGAAAACAUCAAACCUAUAUCUGGCAGGGUUAAUUUAAGGAUCUGGUCCAUUUUAUCUGGAGAAGCAGAACACACCCAGUUUUCUGCUUUGUAUAAUUGAAUCCUUAGUUAAGUUAUUGCCUUGUGCAGAAUUAAUAGGGCAUCUUGAAGACCUAAAAAGCUUGUGGUAAGGAAGAUGACAGGGCAUUUAGGGUAAAGUGUCAUGAUUCCUUCGACACAUCCAAAAAGAAGCACUCAUUGGGUUCAAGUAUGAGCAUUUUAUUGGAUCGUAACACACAGCAACGUUUCAAACUUAACAAAAGUCUUUGACAAGCUAACACCACAUAAAACACUACACUUAUAUAUACAGUGCACACUAAAUCAAUUAGGGUUAAUGAUCAUUUACCCCAUCAUUCCAUUAUGGGAGAAGAUUGGAGAUGGGCAAUAAAGCAUGACGCAUUAACAAAGCCAAAAGUUGUCAAUGGAGUGCAAAGUAGCAAGUUCACCUAAGGUGGAAUGCAAGUGGAGCACCACCCCAACGAAGUGAGCAUGUGCAGAACCAUGUAACAUCGCAGGAGCAAAAGACCCACAAUAAACAAUAAAGUGCACAUGUGCAAGGCUCAGGAAUUAAUCAGAAGCAUCACUAGUGUACAAAAGUAUAGCAUGAGCGAGUAGAGCCGAAACCUUGCUAAAGUUCACAAAAUAAGCACAAAUGUGCCAGACUGUAAAACUAAGUGGCAAUUUUGCAAAAGCAUAAAAUACAGAAAAGUGCAGGAGUAAAAUAAAGGUUUCUUAAGGAAAAUAGUUUCUGUAAGUUUACAUUAAAAUCAUAAAAAAUAACACCAAAACUACUAACCAAAAACGGCAAGUGAAAUAUAAAAUUACAAAUGCAGAAAGAUAAGUCCUACGCUCACUCCCAUCACUGGGCGGCAGCAAUGACUACAAUACACAUCAGCCCCAAUAUAAAGUAAAAACCAAAGAAAAACAAGUUGCCUGCGCUCUCUCCUUAAUCCCUAUGUAUUUUUAAACAAAUGGAGGUUUUUAGUUACCUCCAAUGGCCAUGAGAGGAUAAGCCACCCGCCAACGUCAAGGCAGACCCACCGAGGUGGGUCCUAACUCUAACCAUUCACCUUGCUUCCUUGAGCUUCUAGCAAAGAUCUCUGAGACAGAAAGGGGUAUUUUUUAUAUACACCCCUAUAUAUUAUUAACCCUUAAUAGGGAACACAUGGGAUGGGCGGCUGCAUUGUAACUAGGCUGAGUGAUACAAAAAAUGGAUACAAAUGCAGAAAGAUAAGUCCUGCGCUCAAAAUAAAUAGGGAUUAAGGAGAGAGCGCAGGUAACUUGUUUUUCUUUGAAAUAUAAAAUUACACCACCUCAGAUUAAUGUCAAUAUGUUGUAUUCUUCAUUAAGUCCUUUCAAGCCUCUCUUAACAACAAUUUUUUACCUCUAUUCUCCCUUCUGAUGUUUUCAAGGACAUGCACAACCAUCUGAAAUUUAAGUUGUGAAACAUUAUGACUGAUUUCAGAGAAAACAGCAGGCAAAGGCAAAUCUACCAAAUCCGUUUGGAUUGUGGGCUUGUGUCGGGGCUUGACAAAUGCCAGGUCGCCAUGGUGACUAUGAAUUUUGUCCUGGCGCCUGGGAUUGGUCGGCCCACUCCCUCCUCCUCCUCCUAUCACAAUACCGCAGGGGAAUUGCAAGCUGGCAGGGGACUGCCUGUUUGCCGCCCGCUCCCCUCACCCCCCUCCUCAGAGCCAGCCUGCCUGCCCGCCCGCAUUCCUCAGAGCCAUCCCCCAUUCUUCAGAGCUGGCCUCCACCCCGUCCCAUUACGAAGAGCCAGCUGCCCGCCCAUUCGCCUGCGCGGCCUCAGUGCUGGGAGGAAGUAAUUGGUUACCUUUGCUUCUCCCGGUGCACAGAGAUCUGCACGUGAUUGGAGAGACAGGAGGAGGGGGAGUCUGGAACAGCGGCAGCCUUUUUCCAUCAGCCACAGCCAGCCCAACUAACCUAUUGUCACUUGCUGCUGCCCAGUCCCACUGGACCCCAGAGAAGCCACCCUUCUGAGCCCAAAAGGUAGUAAACAGGAGGGUGGCUAAAAUAUGCAUUUUUUUGUGUAUCUCUUAUGUCUGUGUGUAUCUAUUUGAGUGUUUAAAAUAAAUACUUUGUGACUGUGUGGGAGAAUGUGUAUGUUUGUCACCAGCCCCCUCUGAUCGCAUGGGAAUGGUGCUCUUACUCCUCUUUUUUGCAACGCCGCAGCUGGCCUGGUUCCAUAGCCGAGAUUAUCAAUUACCCAUUAGCAUCUCCUCAUAGAGAUGCAAUAAAUCAAUGCAUCUCUAUGGGGAAUGUUCAGCACCUCCAUGCAGAGUGUGGAGAUGCUAAAUGUAGAUGCUGCACAUUGUGCAGCACUGAGAUAGGAGACACUGGUGACUAUAGUGUAGUAGUCCUGGUGACUAUAGUGUCUCUUUUUAAGAAUUUUUUAUUUUUUGGGAGGGGAGGUGGGGAACUGGCUCCUAAUUUUUUUUAUUUUUUUUUUAGCUGGCUCAUAGAUUGAAAGCAAAUUUGCUCUGACUUAUGCUUGGAGAACCUUUCUUUCAUCUUUUGUGAUAUCUGACAAAUAUACAAAUAACCACAAGGGCAUUUUAAAUUAUAAACUAGAAAAUUUGAAUUACAAGUUACAAAUUGUUUAUUCUGAUAUUUUUGCCACUAAGCUGAUGAUUGAAAAUAGAGCUCUGGAAUAUAGAGUGGCAAGCUACACAACUAGAAACAGAGAAACAGACCUUUUCAGCUGUCAAAAACACUAUAUAUGGUAUAAAACCAUAUACUAAUUGGUGGAGUGCAAAUAAAUAAGUGAAUAAAAAAAAGAACUUGUGCAGGGGUUGACUUACCCCGUAAAUAUUGUAUAACAAACUUGAAGGUACAUAUGAAAAGAAAAAGAACAAAGAAAAAAAUAUAUAGUGUAGAUGGUCUUGAGACUAAUGAUCAUUAGUAGAUAAAUAACUAGAACCACUCACAUGGUAUGGAGCCUAUAUAAUAUUGGCUCCGUAAAAUGGACCUCUUUGCUUUUAGGGCAGCAACACACCACUCACUCUAUGACGUUUCCUCCAAAAGAAGUACAAAAAAGAGAGAAGUGACCAAUGUGUGAUAUUGUACAAAUUCAGAUAAAUCUCCUACUGGUAAGUAUUACGCUCACCUUUUUCAGAGCCUUCAUUGCCUGGCUUUGAGGGUAAUUUUCAGAGUGCCACUUUUCUGGGGAUGGCACUUCCCCAGUGAAGACUCUUUGAGGCAUCAAUGACUUAAUUGGAAUAGCUUAUAAAAUUAAAAUUUGAUUCCAAAUAAAAACAUGUAGUAUAUAUUGUAAAAAUGGAAUUAAUGUCCAAUAUAAAGUUGCCGAAAAUCAGGGUGACAGCUUAGAGGAUCAUCCCCUCUGAUGAGCUGAUAAGCAAAGAUUUCCAACAGUACUCGUCCAAUUAAGACUCUGUUGGAUAAUUCUGAUCUUAUACAGUGACAGAAUUCAGUCUGACAUAUGACUACUUAUUCAUUUUAGUUUUUGUCUUGGUGGUUUGCAGUGAGAUUUAGUCCAUGUUUUGGGACUUUUUAAUGGAAAACUAUUAAAAGUGAAGUUUUAAUGAUUUAUAACCACCUUCCUGGGAUAUUCCACCUUAUCUAUAUAUCUCAUUACUGCUACCUCCAGCUCUCUCUCUUUCUUUUGAAUAUUUUAACUCUAGGGGUUAUCCCCCAUUAGGAGGUACUGGUUAACAAUUUGGCGCUUUUCUCUCUUUUUCUUUAAAAACAAAAAAACAAAUAAAACCAGAUUAGUGUACACCGUAAUAUGUAGUGCAAAACACCAUAAAAAAAAAAAGACCUACUCACAUGUUCUGGAACAUGUGAGUAGGUCUUUUAUCUUUUUUUUAUUGUGUUUUGCACUAUAUACCCUUAUGAGGACUAUUUAGGUGCUGCACCUACCUCGUGUUUUUUUAUUAACUAAAGUUUGUCUGCUUAGAUGUUAAAUCCGUCAAAUUCUUGUCGUUUUAACUUUCCAUGUACUUAGAUUUGAGAAGUAAUUUUUGUUUUGGAAAGUGAAUUACCUUUUCCUUAGCAUGGAAUGUGAUUUCUCUAGCAUCAUGGGCAUGUGUAUAACUUAAUGUGGUUGACAUUUAAAAAAAAAAAAAAAAAAGCAGUAAUAGUUUUCAGCCCAAGAAUGGGGUGUGGGGGUAGGACAAAAAUAGUAGCAGAGAGAGAAAACACUUGAAUGAGUUUUGCUUCUAUUCAAAAACUUUCUCAACAGCCUUUGAGAAAUUGUCUUUGAAUAGACCGGCUAAUGCCUUUUUUUCAUUUACGUAUUACUUUACUUUUCAGUAAACCUCAACAAUAUUACAGUAAGUGCCAAUGUUAUUUGAAUUCAAAGUGAAAAUGAACUUAUAGGUGAGGAUAUUACUCCUAUAACCAGAAGACUGGGGAAGCAACACUGUUUUAUUUUGUUUUUUUGGUUUUUUUACAUUUGAAUUGUUUUGCUCAAGGCUACCCCUUACAUGUCUCCUGUUCUGCAGUUGCUUCUACUCCUUGGAAUGCACUAUUAAGUUACUGGCUUUCUAGUACAUUAUUGUAAUUUAAUCACUCACUGUGAUAGUGGCAGUUUGCUUACUUCAAAUAUGCAUAUUUUUUUUUUAUUUUUAUAAAAGCAUGCUUUGCUUUUUGUCCCGUGAUUGUGCUUUUUUGUCUUUACUCCUUUAAUCAGCAUUACCAAUGUAAACUCCACUUAAAUUUAGAAAUGGUGGUAAAUUCUGAAAAAUAUACAGCGUAUCUUAAAACUCCGACAGUACCUUCACGCUUUUGUAGUUUACCCAGAUUACUCAAAUAAUUCAGUGGCUUCCAUUCAGUUGUCCAAUGUGUGCUUGCAUCAUAUUAGCUUAACAUAAAGGUGUUGAACUAUUUUACAUAUAAUACAUAAAACAGAAACUAUAUUGCACAUAUGUUACUGUUUUUGCAGAAGGGCUAAAAUCCAAAUAGAAUACCUAAUUUUUUCCCCCCUGUUUUACAGUCUCACACCUAUGUGAAUACAGCUAGUGGAGAAGAGGAAAUAGGAGGACGGCACUGCAUGCACUCUUUACCUGAGGCUCAUGCACCCUACCAUGACCCACCAAGGCAUAUGCUGGGCCCAGGAUGCUCAAUGGAAGAGCGAAAUCCCCAGGUUUUUCUUCAGCCUGGGGAGGUGAAAUUUGUUUUGGGUCCAGCUCCUGCCUAUAGACGAAUGCCUAUGAGAGCAGAUGGAUUCUGCCGACACCACAGAGACUGCCAGGGCCAUGUCUGUGGUGGCGAGAGGGAUCCCUUGCCACCACACAAUAAUAACAAUGAGUGCAAGGAUCAGUGGAGCACACACAAGUGUGCCUACGAGAACAUAAAUGGUUUAGUGCCAUCAGGAAACAUCGCUCUGCAUAGGGGGACUGCCAGCAGGGGUCUAAAACUGUCUUCAGAAGGGCUGCCUUACAACAGCUGUUCACACCGCAGAACAGCAAUGCUUCACUAUGAAAACCUGCCCUCCCUGCCUCCUGUGUGGGAAUGCCAGUCAUUACAGCAUGAAGAUGAAGAGGAUGAAGAUGAAGAAGAGGAGGAUUCUGCUGAGGCCAUGACACCAUCUCUUAAUGGCUACCACGAUGACCCUUUACAAAACUACAUGAAUGCAGAAAGUGCCACAGCAUGUGGUGGGUACCACCACCAUCGACCAGACUGCCAUACCCGACGAAGCUGUCCGCCCAGUGUAUUCAGCUUUGACUUCAGGCGGCCACGUGCAGAACAGAGGCAACUCAACUACAUCCAAGUGGAGCUUGAGGGGAAGAGUGAAGGUAAGGGGAGGCAGAUUCCUCAAAUAACCUGCACCCCAGCUCCAAAUCACCGACGUGCAGACUCUUAUGCUGUUAUUGACCUCAAAAAGACAGCUGCUAUGUCUAGCCUCCAGAGAGCUAUGCCCCGAGAUGAUGGAACGUCAAGAAAAACCCGGCACAAUAGCACGGACCUGCCCCUGUAAAUGCGGACUGUGACUCCUCUUUGUCUUUAUCCCUGAUCUUUUUCAAAAGCCAUCUCAGCGGCUCCUCCUGGCUUUUUUUCUCUGUGCCCUUUUAUGUGACUAAACCCUGGUCUCUCACACCCAGUUCCUGUUGUGUAAUGUUCCCAGUGGAGCAAACUUUCCCACACUCUAAAGAAUGUGCAAAUUAACUUUUCGGGAGGGAGAAAAAAAGGAGCAGGAUUUGAGACAGCCACAGUACACAUGGUGCUUCUUAUGUGCAUCAAGGGCUGGCCAGACACAGGACUGAGGGCCACCGCAUCCUGCUGAAAAUGCUCUUUGUGGG